AUGACUGUAGAAGAGCUACAAGAUGAAAUAUGUGCUACCGAUGCCAUAUUCCCUGAUUGUACUACGGAAGUGGCUCCUCAAAUCUAUACAUUCAUGGUUCCUCUGCAUAGUGAUCUAGAAAUCCAGGUGAGCUUUCCCGAAUCGUAUCCCGAUGAGAUCCCCAGCCUAGUGCAAGUCAUUGUUCACGAUCAAGUAAAAUAUAGUGACGAAGCAUAUUUGGAGAGAGCUGUGAAGUCCAAACUCGAGGCUCUUUUUUCACCGGGAUGUGUGGUGGUAAUAGAGUUGUUAUCGGAGCUUGAAGUGUUUUUGGAGUCGUACAAUGACAGAAUUACAGAGCUUGAAGACCAGGCCAAAAUGCUCAAUAUUAAAGAAGAACUGGAAGAACCUGAAGUUGCGGAGAUUGAACACCAUUACGAACCUCAGGCUGAUCCUCUUGAAGGCUGGGUCCAGUCUGAUGCUGUGGUGGACCGGGGAUCUACUUUUAUUGGAUUUGCCAAAGAGGUCCAUUCUCUCGAAGAAGCAGAAACCGCUAUAGACCUACUAGUGACCGAGAAAAAGAUUUCAAAAGCUUCACACAACAUGACUGCAUGGCGAAUUAAGGGAGAGGGGGGUGUACAGUACCAGGACUGUGACGAUGAUGGAGAGAGUGCUGCAGGAAGUAGGAUUCUUCAUCUACUAACGAUGAUGGACCUUUGGAAUGUGGUGGUGGUGGUGAGCAGAUGGUUUGGAGGAACACAUAUCGGACCUGAUAGGUUCAAGCAUAUAAACUCUGCUGCUAGAGAUGCAAUAGUGAAAGGAGGGUUUGGAGCUACUAAUACAGGGAAGGAACAAAAGAAGAGUAAGAAGAAGAAGUGA